AUGGAUGAUCCAAGACCUCUUCUUUUAGCUCCAGUCUCUGCCUUGCAGCCAUGGCGUGAACGUCUUGUAGCUUCCAAGAUGUUUAUGCGCUAUGAUUAUGCUUGGAAAGAAGGUGAAUUUCUAAACGUAAAACAUCGCAUUACUGGCAUUGGUUGUCGUCUUUUGUACCUCUACGCAACAUGGAUUGCAACUUAUAAUCAUAGGAAACACUCGGACGUGACUUUCUUAUCAAGAUUGAAGGUCUUUAUUGAGUCUAAUGGGUUUCCAGAAUUUCAAAAGAGACUGUUGGAAGCUUGUGACCUGAUGGAAUACGAAACAGUGGACGAUCCAUUGGCUGCAGAUUUGGUAUUUGUGUAUGUGGCUCCUCCUGGAGAGCAACGCAAUGACGGGGAGAGUCAAUACAAAACUUUUCAAAAUGUCGUGGAGCAUUCAAAAAAUCGAGAACCAAAUGAGAUGCCCAUGUUUUGUUUUUUAAUGGGUGAUGCAGAUUUCCUCUCACUUCCUAAGACAGAAGAGGAUGAACAUAUGCGAAGUCUUAGUGAUUUUGCCAUCUCGCAGGAAUUUGCUCCUAUUGCUCGGGAGGCAAAUUACGGAUCCGUAGCACACUUUGCAGUCGAGUUUGUGCCCAAGAGUGCAGAAAAUUUGAGUAACGAGUUUAAGGAAGAGAAAACGUGGAAGUUAGACUCGUUGAUGAGCAGAUUUGGAUGUAUAGGCCAAAACCUCAUGCACCACACCGAGAAAUGGGAGUUUUAUGCUCCAUGUGAGAGUGUUUUCUGCCAUGAUGAAGAUGAUCCAAAGGGAGUGACACAUCCCAGUGAGGACGAUACUAUGUUCUGGUUCAAGGAGAUGAAGGGCAAGACGUGUGAUCAAUGCCAUACACCAUGUGAGAAGUUGUCAAGGUGUGCGAGAUGCCGUGAUGCCGCGUAUUGCUCGCGUGAUUGUCAGAAAGCCGCAUGGAGUUUGCAUAAACGACUGUGUUGCAAAACGCCUGACCAGAUCAGCGCAAAGUAG